AUUUUGGUUAUAAAAUGAAAGUUAAUGGUAGGAAUGUAUUUAUUUGUUGACAUUAUAUUUGAAAGUAUCUGGCAGAGGUGCAUUAUCUAACAUUUUGUUGUAAUUCAAUUUGAAAGUUAUUAUUACGCUAAAGGAUGUUUCUUGGAGGAUUAUGUAUCUUUCAAAACAAGUAAUUUACCAUAGAUUUAGCUACACUGUCUUUGUGGAACCAAGAGUUUUUGUUUCUACAAAUUAACAAGGAUAUUCCAAUAGGUGGUCUGAAUAGAGCAGAGAAGAUUAUAGGCUUUCUGAAAGAUUUUCACAAAAGUUCUGCAUAGUCAAGGUUUAGAAACAGCAUAUGAUAAUGUCUGAAGAAUGGGUUUCCAGUGGUAAUUUUAGCCAAGCACUUAAAACUUCACCUUUUGAGCAAAGCGCCCAAAAUAUGACAGGCCAAACAGGAAUUCAUACAUCUCUAGUGGGUUCAAACUCAAGCCCUGGUUCUUUACUCAAAGAAAAAACGUCUGCCAGACAAAUGGGGUCAAAAGAAAUCAGUCAUACAUCUGCUAGCAAGAGUGCGAGCAUUGUGGGAUCAGGUCGAUUUGAAAAAACUGGUAAUAGUUCAGAUGAAAUUACAGGUCACAAUUAUAAGACAGAAAGCUUUACAAAAGUAAAAUCACAAUCUAUGGAAACAACAAGAUCUCAUGACAAACCUGAAGAGCCAGAACAAAACUAUUAUGGGUGGGAUGGCUAUGAAUCUAGGUUUAUGGAAGAUGUUAGAGAGAGUAUAACAUCUAUUCCAAAAUGCAUCCCUCCAUGGGCAAAAACUGUUAGGACAAAAUAUGGAUAUGCACCUUUAAACAGAUUAGAGCAAGAAUCAGAGGAGUCAAAGAAAAACAUGAGGGAUAAAAUUGAAAAACUUAUGAAGAAACACAGUGAUCUAAUGUUGGUAAAAAGAGUAGAGAGUAGAAAACAGUUGAUCCUAGAGCCAAGCAAAAAAUAUGAUGAAAUGGAUGUAGUGAAAAUGAAAGCAAAAAAUACAAAGUACUAUAUGACACCAAUGACUAAAAAUGAUGAAAAGCAGUUUAGAGAUGAUUUUCAAAUAAUUAAAGAUGGAAGGAGUUCUGAAAAGUUGUAUACAGACAAGAGUGAUAGCAGUAUGUCAGUUAUGAAAAAAACAUCAAAGCCCCAAGUUAAGAAGGAAAUUUCCAGUGUUUUAGAGUCACUUAAUAAACCUAUCAAAAGUGUAACUUCUGAGGGUAAAAAUUAUGAAACUAAAAUUGGAAAAGAAUCAGGUAAAUGUCCAAAAGUAACUCUCAGCAAAAUAAGAGAAUAUGUCAAAGCUCAGACAAUGGACCCUGAUGAAAGAAGACUUCACGAAAUAAUUAAAGUAGAAAAAGUUCCAAGUGCAGAUGUUAAGGAUGUAAGACGACUGGGUUCAAAAUAUAUCAUAAAUGUACCUCAAAGUAAACCAACUGACAAAGCAACCAUAAAUAAGAUUAAAAUCAAAGAGAAACGGAAAUUAAAAUUACAUAACAUUGAAGAUGUAAAAGAAAAAGUUACAGAAUUUCGAUAUACUCAGGAUGGGACAAAAAGAGAAAGUAAGAAUAAAACUACUACUAAGGAGUCUUCUGAAAUUACUGAACAACUUAAGAAGGAAAUUAAAUCGCCAACAGAAACAACAACUUUUCAAGUAACUUCUAAGAAAACUCCAAUAAUAACACCUUUAAUUGAUGAAAAGAAGACUGAUAAGGUUUUACUGAUUCAGUAUGAAAAGAAAUCAAAACAAGGAGAAACUAGGUCAGCAGAUGGUAAAACCACUUUACAUAAAACACAACUUCUUGGAAUAAAGCAAAGGCCUUGUGAAGAUGUAGGAGAGAUGUACCUUUAUGGCACUGAAACUAUUGGAACUAAGACAAAAGAAAACAUUACUAAUGUUGAUGGAAUACCUUUAUCUUUGAAAGACAAAGUAAACUUGAUUUUUCAAGAACUAAGAGAGAUGUCAUUAACGCCAGAACCUGAGAUUGAAAUGAUUGAGUCAGCUGCUCAAAUUUGCCCAGAGGUCAGUUCUAAGGUUACGCAGCGUCCCUCAGAGUUGGGAACUGAUGUGGCUAUGGUACAAGCAGUUCCUGAGGUUAAAUCAGCAGAGGUUCAAGUCCGUGAAAGUCUACUGACAAUGCAAGAUUCAUUUUUGUCUGUUCCACCACCUUCCUAUGACAUAACACCAAAAAUGGAAAAGACAAAAGAAAAUAUAACUGACUUAUUGGAGAAAAAGCUAAAAGAUUUGGAAAAAGAGGAAGACCAAUCACCAAGUGAAUCUGAUGCAGAAUUAAAGGAAAAAGUCGAAAGAGAUUUAUCUGAAAAAGACGCAGUGGAUGAAGAUAAAAAAGGUGGAUUUAUUGAGGAGGAGGAGGAGGAGGAGGAAGAAGAAGGUAAGCCUGGUCAACCUGAAAUAGCAAUAGAAUCAGAGAGGCUGUCUGAACUAGAAGAAUCUAAGAUAGAAGAACCUACUGAAGUUACUGAGGAACUAGCUAAAAUGAGUGAAGAAGAAGAUCAGAAAAUAGAUGAAGAACCAACAGAAGAACAACCUGUAGAUGACGAAAAAGUAAUAGAACACACACUAGAUGAGAAAAAGACUUCUAUAGAAUUACUGACUAAAACACCAUCAAAAGACCUUAAAAUACCAAGUAAAAUAUUGGAAGAGGAUAAAGAGGAUAUUCAUAGCAAAUUAGAAGAAGAGAAAUUAGAAGUGCCUGUGGAAAAAAGAACGACUUCCCUGGAUGAGAAAAAAGAACUUGAAGGUGUAGAAAUAGAUACCACGAAAAGAAGAGAUGUUGAAGAUAUUAGAAGUUAUGAAUUUGACAAAUCUCAAGAAACAACAAUGAAGAGUAAAUCUACAUCCAAGUUUCUUCAUGAUAAAGACAAAAUCAGGUCAAGGAUGAAUUGGACCAAAGACACCAUAUACCUGGAGAAGCACACUUGCCCCCAGCUGGUGCAGGGGCUUGCCAUAACGGCCAUGAGGCGCCCUGCAGAUCCAAUAUCAUUCCUGGCACACUGGAUUUAUAAGAGUUAUGAAAACCAAGAACGAGAAGAGCAUGACACAGUGUUCAAAGAGCAUCUGCAGUUAGCUAAAACAAUGCUCGAUGUUAGAGGAGAGACCAAGCUACCCAGAAAAUUCAACACCAAAACUUAUCCUGUAAAAACCUACUCCCCAGAACAAUCCCAAGAGGAUUUCAGCAAACUUGCUGAGGGAGAAAAAGAAGGAGGAGGAGAAGUAGAAGGAGGAGGAGGAGAAGAAGGAGGAGGAGGAGGAGGAGGCCUGCAAAGUGAAAUUGUUCAAAAUGCUUAAUACAAGAUUUCUCUCAUCUGAUAAUAUAAGACUACACUUGCUAAAAAAUGUUUUAAAUAUUUUAGUUCCAUCAGUUAAAUACUACAAAGAUACGUUCCUUCAACAAAACUAAUAAACCUUUACUAAUUUUUUAACAUUAUGAGUAAGAGGUAAGGAAAAAAAGUGUUUCUCGAAAGGCUUUUAAAUUUAAUUAUGUAAAAACAGUUUUUAAAUAAAUAAGUUUUACAUAAAAAUGGUUAUAAUACAAGUUCAUAGACAUAUCUACAUAUAAUUACACAACUAUUUAUAUAACAAUUUGUAUAAACUAAUUUGACACUCUCCCCACACAGUUAAUUAAUUCAUUAUGAGUAUUAUACAAGAUAUACGAGGGGUAUUAGAAAAAUAAGGUUCCCAUGAUUUUUUUAAAUAGGCAGCUCUAUAUUUCUAC